CUCCACGUCUAAGUACGUUUCCUCCGUGACAUUGUACGAACGAUAAGAAGCUCUACGGUUCGCCGGUUCUACGCCCGAAAUACUUGUCGAUUCCGUGUUUCCAUCGGUUCGGUAUUCUCGAACGCUGUGUUCGCCUUACGGUUGAGAAAGUCAGUGAUCCCAUCGUCGUCUCCACGGACAUUUUUUCCCUCCCCGCUCGUCGAUCAUCGCGGGUUCGAUCGGCGUGUGUUCUGUUGCCUCCCACCACGUACGAAUCCCACGAGUCUCGCUGAAGAUAGAUGAAGAAGAGAGUGAAGCGGGGUGAGGAAGAAGGCGGGAACAGGGAAGCGAGUAAGAGAGCGAGUAGUAGCGGCUCUUUGGAACAACAGCUUGUCGAAGGUCGUUGUCGAUCCACGUAAUCAAGAAGUUUCUUCCAGCUGAAGGCGAAGUAGAAGGGAGUAGUAGUGUGGUAGUGGUGGUAGCAGUAGUCGGAGCGAAGCGAAACGAAGUGGAAGGUGGGUUACUUUUUUAACAUCGAACAGUUAAGUGCCCACUUUCUGCCAGAGGUUGGGACUCACGAGGCGCGGAUGAAGGCAAAGUGGACGGUGAACGCGGAACGUCAGUUGGACGUAGACCAUCGGCCUUGAUCCAGAGAACAGAGAGGCCACGUGCAUCGCGUACGCGAACCGCGACCGAUUAUUGGUAUCACGAGGAUCACGUCGGUUAUCCCACCAACAACGGCCACAUGACUUGACGAUCGCCCCACCUACCGCUGUUCGUUCGGUUGAGCGAAGGCGGGCGACAGUGGCAGCAGGAACGUCACCGACGAGGGAACGACAACCAACGACAACGGCGACGACGACCGACGACACCAACGACCACGACCACGACGACGACGACCUGGACGUGGUGGAAAGAAGAACGCGGGCAGAGAGUAGUAGUCAUCGGCGCGCGGUGUAGAGGCUACUUAACGAGUGACAUAGGUCGCUGGUGGUUCAGUUGGCGGCAGUCGGUCUGCAGUGCGAUAGGUAGAUAAGUGGGCCGUGUUGAUCGUGGUGGCUGUGCUGGUGCCGUUGUUUGUUGUCGUUGUUCUUGUUAUCUUCGCUGCCUCCUCCGCCGGUAGCAGUGGCGGUUUUGGUGGAUAGUGGAUAAUAGUGUCGAGUGUGAAACUGGAGCCGCUAGUGGUAGCAGUUGCAGUCGAGAGGCAGAGCUAUCAUGUGCCCGCAGAGGAUUUUCGGACUGGCCAUCGUCGCGCUGGUGACUCUGGGUGGACGAGUGGCAGCCUAUACGAAUCAGUGGGCAGUGCACAUCGGGGGAGGACCGGAAGUGGCCCAGCAGGUCGCGCAGGAACAUGGAUUUCAAUAUCUCGAUAAGAUAGUCGACGAUUGGUACCACAUAGUGCACACGUCAGUGAUGAAGAGGUCAGCGGAACCACACCUUGGAGUACACGAAAAACUAAUACAAGACCGCAGAGUACGUCGAGCGGAGCAACAGCGAGUAAAAUCACGAACGAAACGAGAUUUGAUUAUGAAACGCGGUCCGUCCAACAUGAGAACUGUUCUGAACGACGAUAUGUGGCCUCAAAUGUGGUACUUGAAUAGAGGAAAGGGAUUAGACAUGAACGUGCAGGAAGCCUGGGCCGAAGGAAUUACAGGGCACGGGAUCGUGGUCACGAUCCUUGAUGAUGGAUUGGAAAAAAAUCAUCCUGAUCUCUACAGGAACUACGAUCCGCAGGCGAGUUACGAUGUCAAUAAUCAUGAUGACGAUCCCAUGCCUCGGUACGAUGUUCUAGACAGUAAUCGACAUGGCACCAGAUGUGCUGGUGAAGUGGCUGCAACUGCUAACAAUUCUAUGUGCGCUGUAGGAGUUGCAUUUGGAGCUGGCGUUGGGGGAGUGAGAAUGUUGGACGGGGAUGUAACAGAUGCCGUUGAAGCGAGAUCUCUCAGUCUCAAUCCUCAGCACAUCGACAUUUACAGUGCUUCCUGGGGACCAGACGACGAUGGAAAAACCGUCGAUGGUCCUGGUGAACUGGCUACUAGAGCUUUCAUCGAAGGAAUCACGAAGGGUCGCAACGGUAAGGGGUCAAUUUUCGUCUGGGCGUCGGGAAAUGGUGGCAGGGAUCACGACAACUGCAACUGCGACGGUUAUACGAACAGUAUCUGGACACUGUCCAUCAGCAGUGCGACGGAAAAUGGUCAGGUGCCUUGGUACAGCGAAGCCUGUUCGUCGACUCUCGCCACCACCUAUAGUUCCGGUUCAUCGGGAGAGAAACAAGUGGUAACCACUGACCUGCAUCAUCUUUGCACGAGCAGUCACACGGGUACAUCUGCAUCGGCACCUUUGGCUGCUGGUAUCUGCGCCCUUGCACUCCAAGCGAACAAAGAGCUCACUUGGAGGGACAUGCAGCACAUCGUCGUGAGAACCGCGAAACCUGCGAACUUAAAGGCUCCGGACUGGGUGACCAACGGCGUUGGAAGGAACGUGAGUCAUAGUUUCGGCUAUGGACUGAUGGAUGCCACCGCCAUGGUGCGUUUAGCCAGAAGAUGGAGAACGGUACCAGAACAGCACAAAUGUGAAGUUUUGGCAUCACACACGGGCAGGCCAAUACCGCCAAAGAGCCAACUAAGUCUGGAAUUGCAUGUCAAGGAGUGUAGCGGCGUUAAUUUUCUCGAACACGUGCAAGCGAAGGUUUCAUUGAUGGCCUCGAGAAGAGGAGAUCUACAGAUACAGCUAACUUCACCGCAAGGUACGAAGAGCACUCUCCUCGCAAAAAGGCCGCACGACGUCUCGAAGGCUGGUUUCAAUCAAUGGCCAUUUAUGUCGGUUCACACUUGGGGAGAAAGGCCACACGGCACGUGGAAACUUGAAAUCCACAAUGAGGGUCGAUAUCAAGGACGUGCGACUCUACACGAAUGGGCGUUGAUCUUCUACGGAACGUCCACGCUGCCCGAUCGCACCGAAUACGCGUUGUACAAUCCUGCCGGCAUGAAGAGCCCUAGAAGGCCCAUCGUGAAACCACGCGAGACCGCGUUCUCGAAGGCGCAGAACUCGCUUACGAGCUCUAAGAGCAAGCAGGCUCAACACAAGUCCGAGAAAACCGGGAAUCUCAGUCCUCCUUACGUGGUGAACGCGCAGAUACAGUCUCAGAGGAAAGGCAAAGCGCGUGGUCAGCACAAAAACGGCAAAUCGGCCAAUAAACCUACACCGAAACCCACGGUGCAAACGUUGAGAGGGUUGACCGUGGCCAGAGGGCCAAACGUCGCUGGAGAAGUUCGCCUAAUUACGUCCGGACCACGAGGGAGAAGUACACCGAGCCCGAUCACUACUGCAAUCACUCAGACCAAUCCCCCUACGACGAUUCCAACCGCUAAAGUGACGAACAAGCAAAGAAUCCUGAACAUAGUCACCGCUUCGUCGCUUCAGAGAGGUCUGAUCCUCUUGGAGCCAGCGGCGAAACCUGACAUCAACAACGUGCCAGCUAUUUUUCAACAGUACCCUAAAAUUCAACAACUCUAUCCACUCUAUCCUGUCUAUGCCGGCGUAAGGGGAGCUGGACAACACGCGACCAGAGCUAAGGGUCUGGAUUUGCUCCAGGACGAGCAGUUCGAUUCGAAGAACUUGGAUAAGGACACGCUGGAAGAGUUCAAGCUAGUGUUCUACGGCACGGAGACGUCUCUGGAGUUCGACGACGAGCUGGACAAGGACAAACCGCUGCCACCGGUGAACCAGGAGGUCGCUAGCCAGGAGGACGACAACACGGCGAUUGGCGCGAGGCACGACAACGGCGUGGACACAGAGGGCGAUCCAUGGACAGGUAGCCAGCAGGUAGAACGCGUGUCGCAUCCGGAAGUGCAAGGACCAACGACCGAGAACCAGACGAGCGGUUGCGCUAUCGUCGACCCUGGAAGUGGCAGGUGCCUAGAAUGCAAGCUGAACUGGUUCCACCACAACGGAAUCUGCGUGUACAAGUGCCCGAAGGGGACGUAUGGGAUAUUGGACGAUACAAAGUCUGUCUGCUAUGCCUGCCAUUACUCCUGCCUAACUUGUUCAGGAUCCUCGGAUACCGAGUGCACCAGUUGCCACGAGGAUGCCGAAAUUUCUUCGAGUCUUAACGAGUCUGUAUGCAUCCUGCGCGAGCUUUCGUGGAUGAUGCAGUCGACCCUAUGGUUCUACAGGAUGACCGCUUUGUUUCUGAUCAACGUGAGCGUUUUCGUAUUGGUGGCGAUUUAUCUGGCUGUUAAGUGGUACAUACGGAACAGAAGUUCGCUGAUGUACGGCUACAGCAAAGUCUCGGAUUCGAAUAACGGCGAGACGCACAAAGGGAUGGACAAGUUGCAGGAGAACGGUUGUCUCUCUGACAGCGAGUAA